AUGACGUUCGGUGGUAGGUGGUCUCGCCUGACAGGUCUAACUACUAAACACGCUAGGUAUUCCGGACUGGCAUUUUCUGUCCCGAUAUUCGGCUCUUUUGUCUAUUACGUUUACUUGCAUAAUGGGGGUGAACGAAAUGUCUACAAUCAUGUUUUGACAGCGAAAAGGUUCUUGAGAGCUGUUUAUACUGGAACCCUUAUAUCUAUGGAUUAUAAAUGGACUAUGACCUUAUUCCCACAUGGUUCUGAACAUUAUCUUGAUGAACUAGCUAAAUGCCAUCAGAGAGCUGCGGACAGAAUAUUAAAAGGAUGUCUUUAUAAUGGAGGCUUAUAUAUCAAGAUGGGACAGGGUUUAGCUAGUAUGAACCAUGUCUUACCUGUUCAGUACACAGAAACAUUAGAAAAAUUGCAUGAUCAAGCACUUGUACGUUCAGGGGAUGAGAUACAUCGUAUAUUUAUGGAAGAUUUUGGCAAACCACCUACUGAACUAUUUGCCAGCUUUGAAUAUAAACCAUUGGCUGCAGCUAGUUUAGCUCAAGUACACCGUGCUGUUACACAUUAUGGUGAACAAGUUGCAGUGAAGGUUCAGUAUGAAGAUUUACGCGGUCGAUUUGAUGGUGACAUGGCAACUCUUGAGUUACUUUUAAAAUUAGUUGAAAAAAUGCAUCCUAAUUUUGGAUUUGCUUGGGUUUUACAAGAUAUGCGCGAAACGUUAGCCAAAGAACUUGAUUUUGAAAAUGAAGCAGAUAAUUCUGUUCAAUGUUCUAUUGAUCUAUCAGAUCUUGGAACUUUAGAUAAAAAUGGCUCUGUCCAUGUACCUUGGGUUGAUCGGAAACUUACUAGUAAACGUGUUCUUACUGCUGAAUUCAUCGAUGGUAUUAAAAUUAAUCAAGUAUCUGCUCUACGUGAUGCUGGUUUCUCUUUAGCUGAAUUAGAUAGUCUGUUGAUACGUGCAUUUAGUCAUCAAGUAUUUUGUACCGGUUUUGUACAUGCUGAUCCUCAUCCAGGCAAUUUGUUGGUACGACGUAAACCUCAAAUUAAAUUAAAUGUUUUCCAGAAAAUUAAAUCAUCCAUUCACUGUAUGCCAUAUAUCAUAUCUAGUGCAAUAUUAUGGAUUGGAUUUUUGUGUUAUUUUCCUAUUAGUAUUGCACAGAAAUUAAAAAAUCCUAACCAUAAACUAUUUACAUAUCCAAAUACAAGUCGAAAUACUACUGAAAUUCAGUUAGUACUUUUAGAUCAUGGUCUAUAUGAUACGUUACCGUGUGAUAAACGUAAAGCUCUGUGUAGAAUGUAUAAAGCUAUAUUAGACUCUAAUGAGUCAACAAUGAAAGAGGCUUCCUCAUUUCUGGGCGUUGAAGAUUGGUCUACUUUCGGAGAAGUUAUUCUACAAAGACCAUGGCGUCGUCGAACCUUCAGGUUACCAUCUCAACUUUCGGAAGCUGAUAAGGCUUAUAUACGAGCUACUGCAAUCGAACAUUUUGAUCGAGUCAUGUCAGUUCUUGAACAGAUGCCACGUCCAAUGCUUCUGUUUAUUAGAAAUUUAAAUCUUAUUCGUUCUAUAUGUCGUUCUCAUGGUGAUCCAAUUGAUCGUCACUCUUUAAUGAUAGAUAGUGCUAUUCUUGGUAGUAGAAUUACAACAUCAUAUUCUGGAAAAUUAAUUCCUCUGUCAUGGAUUGAUAGAUUAAGGGUGAAUAUAACACUUCAAAGAUAUCACUGGAAAUUAAAAUAUGAAACAUUCAAUAUAUGGAUUCAAGGUUUAAUCUAUCAAUUAUUAUAUGCUAUAGGUCAAGUACCUGAUAUCAAAGAAUUAUCAUCAUUGUAUAAUGCUGCCACUCCUAAAAUAUUAUCAGCUAACGUUUAAUAUUUAAUCCGAUCAACCCCCCCCACACACAUACACAAAGAGAAGAAAACACAAUUCUGUUGUGGAAAAGAAGAAGGAAAUAAUCAUUAUUGAUUUUCGUUUCUUUAUUUUUAAUCUAUUUAAAGUUUUCUAUUUAUUUUAUUCUUAACCUUGUGUCAUUUGUAGAUAUCAAUGCCAAGAUUGAACUUGAUAUGUAUAGUCACCUCCUGAGGAUAGACAUUUUACGCAAAAUAAGGAAAUGUUUAUCUGAAAUAUGAGCACAAUAUAAAAUUUGUUUCAUUCGAAUAAUUGAUUAGUGUAUUUGAUAAAAAGAUGUUUUUGUAUCUAUUGGUCCACACUUUAUUGGUGGUAGUGUAGUGUGGUGUACUUAUAUCCAUAUAAGUAAUAU